AUGAAAAAAUUAUCACAACCUUUCCGAAAACUGUCGGAAACUGUGGUGCCGGAGAUGGAAAAUCGAAAAAAUGAACACGAAAUAGAAAAACUCCAAAAGUUAAUUCAAAAUGGAAAUUCUUUGUGUCGCAAUUCGUCUAUUGAGUUAACCAUCCAAGAAUUUUAUAAAAUUGUAAAGGAGAGGAAUAUUGCCCAAAAAAAAAUUGAGUGCUUAAAUAACAAUGAAAGUUAUAUCGAACCCGUUGAAGGAGAAAUUCAGGAAUUGAGUUUCUGUGCGAAAAUCUCAAAAAAUCAAGUUCCACAUGCGGAUUUAAAAAAUGACUUGCGGAAUAGAUAUUCGACUUUCUUGUAUACUCCCGACGAAUGUGAUGAAGGUGAGUCUAACGUGGGAUUGGGAGAGAAAUAUACAUCCUAUCAAUUAGACAAGAAUGUAUUUCGUCGUAAACGGAAAGAUCUUGGUUUCUUAAGACAUACAGAGUUAAUCGGGGCGUAUCAUGAGGAUUAUGAAAGAAUUUUAGUGUUUGCAUCUAGUUUGAUUGGUGAAACAAUUAACAGAGUUCAGGAAGCGGUAAGAAAAGUUGAACUCGAUUUAUAUGAAUCAAUUGAAAAAGAAAAUUUGUGA